AUGACCGUCAGUCCUUCCUGGGCCUGUGUGUUAGUUGGUUGUAUUUCUGCUUCUUUAGCAGGAGUUUCCAAUUUCUCAGAUGAGUUUCCCCCUCUAUGGAAGGAGAACCCAGGUCAGCUUAGUGACUAUCAUGUAGAAAAUGAAAAGUACAUCAUUAACCCCUGGAAUUACUCUGAAAGAAUAGGAAUGUAUAAAAUUCUAUUGACACAGACCAAAUAUUUUGAAAAAUUUGCUCCAGAAAAUGAACAAAAUUUUUUGGGGGGAUUACCUAUACAUCAUAGAUGGCAAUAUCAUACAGGUAGACUAGUUGAUCCCACCCAUAGGACUAACUGUGGCCACAACUCUGGGGAUCCUCUGUGCAUCUCUGUGGACAGUUGGUGGGCUGACCUUAAUUAUUACCUCUCCAUAAUGCCCUUCCUUGCUGCUCUUGAUUCUGGCGUACUGGGAACAUCACCAGAUACUGUCAUUCUUCUGCCACCAUCCAAGGAUCAGACAAAGACAAAUUUUUGUCAUAAUGUUUCCGGCUGUAACUCAUCUUUUCCAGAAGCAAUGAAAAUGUGGAAUAAAUUUUACAAGUGUGCAAUGUCACCUUCUAGUACCAUUGAUGACCUGUUGAAGUAUAUGUGGGCUGCACACGUUUCAUCCCUGAAGGUUUCUCGUAAGAAUUUUCAGAGUAGGUAA